AUUGAAAAUGGACGCUGUGUUCACGUGUCUCGCCCUCUAAUAUUCACACGUUGAAAGCUCAGGCAUCACAGCUAACUCCCUUCGUAGAAUUGUAUUUAUUCAAAACAUUUUAUUUGACGGUUAAUGUGGCCAUUUGUGAACGUUAAUCUCCCAAUCGUCACAUUUCCGAGAAAACCCGAACCGCGCAGCGUUUGACAGGAGGCUGUCCUUGGCUAGCCGAGCUAUCCAAAGCGAGCUAAACAACGAAAACAAAUCCUCUGCGUAAACAAAUCAUCUGCAUGUAUGUGAAGUUGUCGCCUCCUGUUUGCUCUCGUUCAGUGUGCAGCUGGGUUGUUGCAGGUCCUGUGUUUGUGUGCCCUCCCCUUGCCCCCCCUCAGGUCAGAGCUGAGGGUUGGGGUCUGGUCUUGGGCUAAUGUCAUUCAGUCCCGGUGAGGAGGGGGGUCUAUCUCAGGCUGCCCCUAACGUCAACACAGAAGACUUGUUUGACAACCCCACUCAGACUGUGGCUACAGGGAAAACACCUGAGGAUCAGGUGUUGCCUGUGGUGGAUGAGGCCUCUCCUUCUUCCACAUCCUCCUUUGAGAUGCUUGACAUGGAGUCGGUCCCAGCUCCUUACCAAGAAGUGCAGCCUCACUGGUUCUUCUGUCGACGGGCCGAUGACAGCACCUCCUGGCUUCCUUUCAGCAUAGAAGACUCUGAGAAACUAGAAAGGGCCUUCGACACUGGAGGAGACAAGGAGGAGGAGGUGGUGGUAGCCGUGGAUGGAGAGCGGUAUGACGUACAUGUCAAAGAGAGGAAGCGCUACGCUGUGUACUGGGAGCAAGGUCCCACUGAAGUCCGUCGCUGUACCUGGUUCUACAAAGGCGAUAAAGACACCAGGUUCAUGCCUUACCCUGAGGACUUCAGCCAAAGUCUGGAGGAGGCUUAUAUGAUAGCAGUCACCUUGGACGAAUGGAAGAGGAAACUGGAGUUUCCCACUGGAGAGACUGUUAUCUUACACAAUCCCAAACUGAUAAUGCAGUAUCAGCCAAUAGGAUUGCAGGAUGAGUGGGUGUCUUCCCCCUCAGAGCAGACCCGACCUCGAACAGUAAAGAGGGGAGUGGACAACAUCUCUGUGGAAAUACUUGAUGGUGAACCAGAAAAGGUGGACCACCUUGUCUUUAUGGUGCAUGGCAUCGGCCCUGCGUGUGACUUGCGCUUCAGAUCCAUCAUACAGUGUGUAAAUGACUUCAGGAGUGCUUCCCUGUCCCUCCUGGCUUCUCAUUAUAAACGUGCUCAGCAGGAUGGCCAGGUGGGCAGAGUUGAGUUCCUCCCAGUCAACUGGCACAGCGCUCUACAUGGGGAUGCCACUGGUGUGGAUGAGGACAUCCAGAGGAUCACUCUUCCCAGCAUCAGCAGGCUGAGACAUUUCACCAAUGACACUCUGCUGGACCUGUUUUUUUAUAACAGCCCUACCUACUGCCAGACCAUAGUGGACACAGUGGCCUCAGAGAUCAACAGGCUGCACUCCCUCUUUAAACAGAGACACCCAGAAUUCAACGGGGCAGUUUCAGUAGUCGGCCAUAGCCUGGGUUCACUGAUCCUAUUUGACCUGCUAACCAAUCAGAGGACUGGAUCAGAAGCCAGAGAGGGGGUACCUUCUGGUGAGCCGUGUCGUCUGAAUGGUGACACACUGGAGCAGACUCUGACCAGACUGGGCCUGCAGCAAUACCUGGAUACACUGCAGGCAGAAAACCUUGACCUAGAAUCACUGGCUCUUUGCCAUGACAGUGAUCUCAAAGUUUUAGGAAUCCCUCUUGGACCUCGGAAGAAGAUCCUGAACUACAUCAAGAGGAAAUGGCUUCCAGCGGAUUGUAAGACAGGGACAGUGUGUCUGGCACCAGGGUUGCAAGUUCAAACCCAAACGACCAGUGAUCAUGACGGUGACCAAUCUUCGGGACUGACGGCGCAGCAGUACCAGUUCCAUAGGGAGCAAUCUGUCACCAGUGCUGUAGACUAUGAAUACUUCGACGUGGGCAUUGGACAGACCAAUGGAGGCAUAGCCAAGGGACAGGUAUCCAUUGAUUACCCACAGCUGGCAUUCCACCCUCAGACGUUUUUUGCAUUUGGCUCUCCCAUUGGAAUGUUUCUGACUGUUCGUGGGCUCAAGCGCAUCGAUCCAAACUACACCUUCCCAACCUGCAAGAGUUUUUACAACAUCUACCACCCGUAUGACCCUGUGGCCUAUCGGAUAGAGCCCAUGAUUAUUUCAGAGGUAGAUCUGGAGCCUAUGCUAAUCCCUCAUCAUAAAGGCCGCAAGAGGAUGCACCUGGAACUAAAGGACAGCUUGACCCGUAUGAGCAUGGAUUUGAAGAACAAUGUAUUGGGAUCACUAAGGACGGCGUGGCAGUCUUUUUCCAGGCUACCUGUUGCUGCACUGCCCCCGGUGGACGAAGGAGAAAGUACAAUAGAGAGAAACCUUCAAGAGACACAGGCCUCAGCGGCAGUCACUGCUUCUGCUAAGAGAGACGAGAAAAGUGCUGAUUUUUGGACUAAAAUACUGGAGUGGCCCAGGGCCCUUCAUAAGUAUUACUUCCAAGUAGUGAGUGAGGAGGCAGAGUCCUCUGUGUCAACAGAGGAGAGAGAGCAGCCAGAGAUUAAAGUGGGGAUGUUGAAUGGAGGACGAAGGAUCGACUACGUACUUCAGGAAAAACCCAUUGAGAGCUUUAACGAAUACCUGUUUGCUAUCCAGUCUCAUCUGUGUUACUGGGAAUCUGAGGAUACUGCUCUCCUGCUGCUGAAGGAGAUCUAUGAUAAGCUGGGUGUGGCCUUUGAACAGCCACAACAGUAAUAAAAGUUUUACGAAUGUAAACUUGCUAACAUGACAGUAACCUGAAAGUAUGAAAAUGAAAGACAGCUUGACUGAGCUAGAGGCUCCACAAUCCUCUUCCAGAAUGCCUUACCGUCUGGGUGUUACCUGCCUGCCCUGCCCUCUCCUCCUCCCAACAGUUGAGACUGUUUGGCUGCAGUCAGGUGAUCUUGUUUCAGAUAAUUUGUGGUAGUCAUAGCUUCUUGGUUUCGUUUGAACUCCCACUACCGGACUGGGUUUGGUGUGUGAAAGUUGUUUCAAAUCCACCCAAACAUUACUGUCAUGCUCCUGAUGGCACUUUUUUUUUUUUUUUAUUUGAGUCAUUUUUUAUUUAAUUUUACUUUGCACUUUCACUUGCCAACAAUUAUUGACAUAUCAUGCUUAAAGCUGCAGCUGAAUAAUAUUGAAAAAAAAUAAUCAUGUGAACCAGUGGACACACACAAUAAUUGUUCAAGUAAGAAGAACACAUUAAGUUACGUAACGGGUCUAGUGUUCAUCAAAUUGGUUUGUAUUUCAAACUGGGAUUCAUUCUCAGCUGGCAUAUCUAUGUACUGUAGUUCACAAAAAAUAUAUUUAAAUAUCCCAGACUAUAAUUAAAAUAGUAGAUUAUAAUCUAUAGAAUUUGAUAUAUUUCUCAGACCUAUGUACAGCCUCCAAAACUCAGAAAUGUAGAACUAUAAUUAUAAUUAACUAUAAUCCCUAUUAUGUGUGUCCACUCUCUUGGCAUCUCUCUUGACCAAGGAAUCUCUCCCAUAGCAUAACAUUAGACCUCCUCCUUACAAAUAACCUGAUUAGGAAAAUGAAGGUUGAUAUUCUGUCUGUUACAAGUUUCCUGGCAGCUCCUUUUUCAGUCUUAUACUGACUGUAAAUGAAAAGUGAAGUUCAUCUUUCUUUCUAACCACAUUUUUUAUUUCAUUUGAAUGAUUUAUUUCAGUUUGAUCAUAUCUACACAUGUUUUGGAAAGAAGUAAUCCUAAUGAAGUAUCAUGUCAGAAAUGAAGUACAGAAAUGCAGGUGCUUCAAAGGAUAAGAUGGUUGUCUUCUCAUGGUGUGUGUGUUUGUGUGUGUGAGUACAGCAUGUUAUAGCAUUGUGGGAAUUGCACAGAAAGGCCAGUUCCACCUUUUCUCCUCUAGGUCUGUUCCACUCCUCCUUUAUCAUUCUCUUCUUUCUGCUCUGUUAUAGAUGACUCAAAUGAUAUCUUGCUGUAAACCAAUACCACCUUUGUAUUCUUGAUCUUCAGAUAUAGUUAAUUCCAAGACAGACUGGGAUCUGAAUAACUUUUGCAAAAUCUAAGGGCCAAAUCAUACAUGAUCCCAUCAUUUGUUCCUUUGUAUGAAGGUAUUGUGUAAUCAUAAUUUCUAUCUGUAUUGCAUGCACUUUUUUAAGUCAGAGCAGAGUUUCUCAACAUUUCCUGGUGGUGACUGAAUUAACGUUCCAAUAUUUACAUAAUUCUUACAGAUGCAGCAAUAACAGUUGUAACAUUGAAAUCACAUGAAUUUGAUUUAAAGAGCAUGAUAAAUAGAUUAUAUAUAAAUUGUGUGAUUCUGAAGCUAAUCAUAUUUAUUUUAUGUAAAAUAUAUUUUAAAAAUAUCAGUAUAUCAUUGUUAGAAAUAUCUCAGAUCUGCAUCUGCAAAUCAAGCAACAUGAGGUCCAAACAACAAAGUUGAGAAACUCUCUCUGUUAGAGUGAUUUAACUUUCUCAAUGACUCAUAUCUUAUGCACUGUCAGGGCAUCACAGCCCCACCACCAAAGCUCUGAAUCACCUGUAUCUCAGCUCUCUGGGUGUAACAUCCGCACAAUUAACGAAUUAACCGAAUGGGGUUGUUCAUUUUUCAUUCUUUAGAAAUGCACUGAACACUAAAUUCCCAUGUUGGAGUGAUUUCCUUGAACCUCACCAUUGUCUCUGUUUCUGGAAAUAUAAGUAAUUAAACAGUAAAGACUCUGGCUCUUCCUCUUUACCAUAACUACUGUUUUGGCAUUUGAUACUAAUAUGUUGAUACCAAAAACAAAUGUUUUCCUUUCUGAAUACAUACCCUAUGAAUAUGGCUACAUGUUGUGUGUGCCAUAAUAAAGCAUUUCAAAGGUC